UAUGAAUCGCAGGCAAAUUUUUGGAUUACCUAAAUUAAUCGCUCAGUUCGGAUUAAUUGCAUUUAUCUUUCGUCUCUUUACCUGGAAGUAUUGUGGAACUUCUGUGAAUGUAGAUCAACGAGUACGCAUUCUUGAAAGGUAUAUUGAUCAAAAUGAGAAGUCAAUAAGCGAGUUUAUGAAGAAAUAUGAGUGGGAGUGCGAACUUAAAUAUCACUCUCUAAGAUUUCAUAAGAAGGAGCAAAGACUGUGUAAUUGUGUCCCAGACACAAUAGUUAAGAAACUUCUCAUUAACGACACCGCUAGUUAUUCUUGGAAAGCAUUGGAGAAAAAAUAUAAAAAUGUCAUUUUACAUGGAGGAAGAUUUAUUCCGAAAAAUUGCAAACCAUUCCAGAGAGUAGCAUUUGUAGUUCCUUUUAGGGAUAGAGAUAAACAUCUUAGAAUGUUUCUGAAUCAUAUGCAUUCUGUUUUGCCUAGUCAAGAGAUAGAAUAUAGAUUUUUUGUAAUUGAGCAAGAUCAGCCUCAGAUAUUUAAUAAGGGAACACUUAUGAAUAUAGGAUAUUUAGAAAUUUCAAAAUUAUAUACUUUCGACUGUAUAAUAUUUCAUGAUGUUGAUCUACUAGUUGAAGAUGGUCGUAAUAUAUACAAUUGUUAUAAAUCACCUAGGCAUAUCGGAAGUCAUGUUGAUAAAUACGGAUAUAAAGUGUUUUAUGGUGGAUUAGUUGGAGGAGCAAUUUCUUUUACUCCUCUGCAAUUUAAAAUUGUAAAUGGAUAUUCAACAGGCUUUUAUGGAUGGGGAGGAGAAGAUGACGAUAUGCAAAAUAGACAUUUAUCUCUGAGAUUUCGGCCUGAUGUUUAUAAGAGAAUAGGCGUAACCUCUACAAAGUAUCAAGUAUUACGUAUAAUUGAAAAAAAGCUAUACACUAAAAUUUAUGCCAAUCUAUUUGUUGCUCAAGAAAACGAAUAUCGCAAAGUUAAAGCAAUGUGCCUGAAUAAUCAGCUCGAUAAUAGAAUUGUUUACUUAAAUACAACGGAAGACUGCGCCAUUGAAUGCUAUAAAGAUGGAUUGUGCACUUCGUUCAUGUUCAAGGAUAAGUGUAUAAUUUAUUAUCAACUAUGCAAGAAACUCACUUUUGCUGAAAAUACUUUCAUAUAUGAAAAGAAAGAUAAGUUAUCAACGAUUGAUAAGGAAUAUCAUAAAUAUGAAGGAGAGUGUACACUGAAAACAUUUGGCUAUCAGCAAAUGAAUCCUCAAGAAUGCGCUAGACUCUGCUCUAAUGAUAUAAAUUGUCUAGGAUUUUCAUAUAACUUUAACCCAAAAUCUGAUUAUCCAUGCUUCAGGAAAGCAAGUUUGUGCACAGUAGCCAAUAUAGUUCUACGAAAAAACGAUGUAUUUCGUACCUACGUGAAAAAAUUUAUGAAUAUUUAUAAAAGUGCUAAAGGUCAAAAAUUUCGAAUCAGGAGAGGCGAUUGUCCAGAAGGAAAUAUUGGCGAUAGAGUUUAUCCAAGCCCUUCAAUCGAUGAGUGUUGUGACAAAUGUUCACAAACAGCCAACUGCAAAGGCUUCGUUUUAUACAAUAACAAAUGCUAUAUGAAGAAUAUUGAAUGCUUGAAUCUAAAUCCAUUAGAUGGAGCUGUAUUUUAUGUUCUUGAAUAG